AUUGGCCUCGACGCUCGCUUCACGGGCGGGCAUUAGGACCUAGGCUGUCGCCUCCGCUUUUAGAUCUCAACCAUGCGUGCCGACGUCGUGUAGAUAGCGCCAAACUACAGAAGCAGUCAGCGCGCGCCUCUGAAGCUACGCUCUUUUACUCUUUAUCCCCCCGUAGCUCUGCUCGUCUUUGCCUCGAUCUUCCAAGGACUUGCAACCCCAGUCAUUCUUUCUUGUGUAUCUUGUAUACACGUCCUUUCGUUCCGAGCAUCGUCCUGCACUGCGCCUUCCGCAUUCGGAUUCCCACAGCUUUUACCCGACACUCAUUUCGCUACCUAUGCGACGAUAGACACUACUUGGAUCGACAGUAAUCAGUUUAGCCUAUACACCCAGCGUACCACCUACGAGGAUAUCAGUAAAACACAUUCAUAAUUCAAGAUCACUGUCCGCCAUCGCGAGGUAUUAAUCAUAAUGUCGAACUGGUUUGGCGACUUGCAGUUGGCAUACAAGUACAUUGUUGUCUUCUUGUCACUUUUGGUCCUUACUAUCCUCGGUGGAUUCAUCAAGGUGUUGUACAACCGUCAGAAGUUGAAGAAAGCGAAGCAAACCGAGCUAGAGGCUGGACCCAAGGAGGACACUGUUGAACUGAACCAACGCGAGAAGGAUGAGGGUGAUCUGUUUGGUAUUCGCGCCAUCGAGGCUGGAUUCUACGCCGGAGUCGCCCAGUCACGACCUACCUCAAGAGCAGGAUCUAUGAUGGGCGACAACCCAACAAUGAGCACCAGCACCUUGGUCGGAGGAAGCGUCAACUCGCCGCUCAUGAAGGGACAGUCCAACAACAACAGCAUGCUCAGCCUGAACCUCAACGCCACCAAGGAACCUUCCGCACGACGAGCAUCUCCGCCUACCAUGAAACUCCGCCCAUCUGAGGCCGAGCUCAGUGGAAGACGCAAUCACAACGGCGCUGUCGAUAUGUCUCUUCAAGUUCCUCCUUCGCCUGGUCACCCGCGUGGUCCUACCUCUGCUGACUUUGGUGGCUCCGACAGCGACAGCGACGGUUUCACAUCUCCUCGGUCCAUGUCACCAACUGAUUUGAACCGCCAACAAUACGCACCAGCUCUCAUGGUAUCACACCACUCCGGAGAUGCCAACGCCAUCAAGUCACAGCAGGGAUCCUACCACAACUCGCCUGGUCAAUCACCGACGCCGCUUUCGCCCCACAACCCACCCACAGCCAAGUUGCCAUCGAUCCCCGGCCAUGCUUUGCGGAAGGAGUCCCGCUCUCCAUCGCCAGAGUACGACUACCCUCGCGUGCAGGUCCACGAGCCGAACUCUGAACCUUCGUCAUCCGCUCCCCAACCCCAACUACAGGCACGAACCUACUCGCCGCACCAUGAACGAGACGCAAGCGACGCGAGCAGCAUCUACAGCAGUGGCAACCGGCUAAGCACUUUCCAAGCAUACCAAGCUUAUCAGGAGGCAGCGCAAAAGAAGGAUUCGCAUAAUCAGGUUUUGCAAAAGCACAAGGCGGGCCGCUCAGCCUCUGCCGCCUCAACAGUCGAAUCCGGCCACACAUCGAUCCUUGCGUCUACUGACGACGAGACGGAACGCCGUCCCCAGUCAAGCAAUCUGCUUGCACCGGGUCAACAGGGGCAGGAUUCUCGACUCAGCGAGUUCUACGAGGCAUACUACCGCAACUCGCACCUUGGCCCAGCCCAGCCUGUCGAAGACAAGAAACAAUUCGCUGACCGACAAUCCACCAUCAUGGAAGUCGAUACCCCGAUGGCAUCGCCGAUGUUCCCUUCGAGCCAGCGCCCCGGCUCUGCCUUCUAGACGCCUUCGCUAUCAAUACUGCCAAGCUUGAGCAACACGUCGAAGACGCACUUAUGAUCUUGUGUAUACUCGUACCUAUGUACAUACAACUUCCACCGGCAGGCUCUUCCACUUUUCACACCUGGCGGAGACACUUUAUUGGCGAGACGUUUCCUUGGUCCUGUGAGGUGUAAUCGCACAUGCUUCUGGGCUCUUCGUUCCCAUCUUUCCUUCAUUUGGGGCCGAUUAUCUGGGACACGUUGACGACACAAUGACUUGGACGAUUCGGGGAUGAAUCGGACUUGCGUGGGCAACGACAAAAAGGCAGAGGGUUCACCACGACGAGACGCAUGCUUGCUUCAUUACCACUAUAUACCUACACCACACCAUGUACUGGCUUUAUUCGUAAUUUCUAUUAGAGUACCGUAGCGUACGCGGCGCCGUCUAUGCAGCGCUUUGAAUAUACACAGCUCGGCAGAGUUGCUUUCUGAAUUUCCAAGGUAUAGAGUUUGUGCGAAAC